AUGCAGAAAACACUUACAAGUGCUGUCAGCAAGGCCCUCGAAGGAAAUUCCUGGAAAAAAUUCACGAACCCAACCGCUGGGCGUGGGAGGACGGUUUUCCCGAAGGCUCAAGCGGCGCAAGAACGGCUCGGAGUCCGAUGGGACUAUGAUGGGGAGGUUACAAAAGAGGAUGGGACUUAUCACAAGUUCCAAAUGCAACCGAACGCUGGAAAAGUCCCGUCUUCCAUCAAAAGAUGGAGAGAAGGUCAUGGUGGAACCCACGCUGUCAUGGCAACUGCCCUGGUUAAAAAGGAUGGGUCGAAGGAAGAUGCCGAGAAGGGGUUGAACGAAGCAGCAGAGUCAGUCCAGACCUGA